CUGGCGGAGGAGACAGUAUCCCGGGGUUGGGUGGUGCUGGCGGUGUCCUUAGACAUCUCCAACGCUUUCAACACCCUACCCUGGAGUUGCAUUCGGGAGGCGCUGAAUUACCAUCGCGUGCCUCCCUACCUCCGCCGCACAAUAGGGGCUUACCUUGAGGAGAGAUGCGUUACCUAUUGGGGACGUGACGGCGCUGGUCAGCGCGUCAUGUCGUGCGGUGUUCCGCAGGGAUCGGUCUUGGGACCGCUCCUGUGGAACAUCGGCUACGACUGGGUGCUGAGAGGUGAACUACCGUCGGGCGCCGACUUGACGUGUUAUGCGGACGACACGCUCGUCACUGCCCGGGGGAGUUCGUACAGGGAAGCAGCGUUGGUUGCCACGGCUGCGGUGUCACAAGUGGUGAACCGCAUCCGGCGCCUGGGCCUGGAGGUGGCCCUAAGUAAGUCGGAGGCCAUGGUGUUCCAUGGCCCUCGACGCGCGCCGCCGCCGGGUUCACACAUCGUGGUCAGCGGGGCCCGGAUAGCUGUCGAGUCCACCAUGAAGUAUCUGGGAUUGGUGCUCGACAGCCGAUGGGAAUUCGGACCCCACUUCCGGCGGCUGGCGCCCAAGCUGAUGGGUGCAGCUGGCGCGCUAUCAACGUUGCUUCCCAACUUGGGGGGCCCGAGCGCCGCCUGUAGGCGGUUGUACGUGGGAAUCGUGCGGUCCAUGGCCCUGUAUGGGGCCCCUGUGUGGGCGAUGGACAUGACGGCCAGCACUCUCGCCAUUCUGCGUAAACCGCAGAGGGCGAUGGCCGUCAGAGUCGUCCGCGGGUAUCGCACGAUUUCCUACGAGGCGGCUUGCGUCCUGGCCGGAUCCCCGCCCUGGGACCUAGAGGCGAAAGUACUCGCGUCAUUAUAUCGAUGGCGCGAGGAAGAGCGGGCACGGGGCUCGAGGCCGGUGCAGCGGCAGAUCGCGCUGCGCCGAGAGGAGCUCCGUCAGGUCUUGGUGGCGGAAUGGCGGCAAAGGCUUCUGCGCCCUACCGCCGGCCUCGCUACCGUCGAGGCGAUCCGGCCAGUACUCGACGACUGGCUCGGGAGAAGGCACGGCUCCCUGUCGUUUAGGGUGACGCAAGUGCUGUCGGGGCAUGGCUGCUUCGGCAAGUACCUGUGCCGCAUAGACAGGGAGCCGGACGCUCGGUGCCACCACUGCGUCCAUUGCGGGGAGGACACGGCGCAACACACGCUCGCUGAGUGUGUAGCUUGGGAGGAGCAGCGCCGUGUCCUCACAAAUAAAGUAGGAGGCGAUCUGUCGCUGCCGGCCUUAGUGCGGAAGAUGGUCGGUAGCGCAGAGUCGUGGGAUGCGGUGGUGUCCUUCUGCGAGGACGUGAUGUCGCAGAAGGAAACUGCGGAACGGGAAAGGGAGAUCUCGACUCCCUUCCCUGGCCGCAGAAGGCGCACCGGGCGCAGGAGAAGGGCGGACAACGCCCUUUUCCGGCCCCCAUAA